GUGACAUCCGGCGGAAGUGAGCGAAACGGCGAGAGCGAGAGCUUUACUUUUGUGUUUACUUGGCGGGAAUACGGCUGCGUUUCGGUGUGUGAGCGGAGUGUGUGAGUGUGUUUCAGCAACAAUGUCUUCAGUUCAGCAUCUGAGAGAGUUUAUCAGCGCGCGACUAACUGCUGCUGCUGAAGAAAUAUUCACAGAGUUUGAAAAAACCAUCGUCCAGUACGAAGAAGAGAUCGAUCGUCAGCGCAGACUGCUGGAUGUCACCUGGAAGCCUCACAUCCACCUAAACCCGAUAGAGCUCCCACAGCAUUUUACCCAUGAGGAGGAGGUUGCUCUCACCCACCAAGAGCUCUGUAACCAGGACAGAAGCUCCACCGUGGACCAAGAAGAACCAGAACCUCCACAGAUUAAAGAGGAGCAGGAGGAAAUAUGUACCAGUCCAGAGGAAGAGCAGCUUGUACUGAAGGAGGAAACGGAGAGCUUCAUGAUUGCUGUUACUCAUGAGAACAGGGAGCAGAGUAAACCAGAAACCAGCAGCGAGCAGCUUCUCUUUCAGAUCUCUGCUUUAGAUGAGACUCCAGAAUGUGAAGGAAGCAACCAUGAAGACUCAGAAUCAGCUGCAGAUGGAGAGUCAGAACCAGAAAAUCAGCGUCACAGAGACAGAAGUGAUGAAAGUCACAGCAGUAAUGUGGAAAACUCUGGAACGUCAGGGAGUCUCUGUGCGCCUGGCAUGGCUAAAAAGUCUGUCAGCUGUGAUUUUUGUGGAAAAGUUUUUACACAGAAAUACAAUAUGAUGAGACAUCGAAGAACACACACAGACUUGGAUGAAGCAGAAGAGAAAGAGAGAAGAAAACAUGAGAAGAAGGAGAUGCGACACAAGGAGGUGACAACGGAGGAACUGAACAAUUUAGAGGCUGACAAGGACGAGGUAAACACAAAUAAAAGCUCGAAAUGGGCAGUUAAAACAUUAAGAGACUUCCUGGCUCAGAAAAACAUGGACAUCAGCUUUGAGAGCUACGCUGCCUCGACUCUCAACGACGUUCUGAGACUCUUUUAUGCGUCUGUCCAGUCGACUAAAGGAGGAGGAGAGUACAGCGUUGCCAGUUUGAGGAGUUUGAGAGCCGGCAUUAAUCACCACUUAAGAGACGUCAACAUCAUUAGCGACACUGCGUUCAAGAGCAGCAAUGCGGUUUUUAAGGCGAUACUGAAACGUUACAGAAAGAGCGGCAAAGACACCAGCUUCCACCAUCCUCGCAUCCCCGAGUCGGACCUGGAGAUAAUCAGAUGUUCACCUGCGCUGUCUCCUGAAACGCCCCUCGGCCUCGUCAGAAAGGUGUGGUUUGACAUCCAGCUGUGUUUGGCUCGGCGUGGCAGGGAGGGAAACCGUGAGCUGACCAUGACAUCUUUCAACAUCCAGAGAGACGAGGCUGGCGUUGAAUACGUCAGCCUCGCGCAGAAUCCCGACGCUAAAAAUCACAAAGAUCCAAACAACCCACACAAGCAAAGCCUAAGAGGUUUCAUGCUGGCAAGGCCCGGGGAUCCCCUGUGCCCGGUACAAAGCUUCAAGAAGUACAUCUCUAAAUGUCCCCCAGACGCUAAAUCUUUUUAUCUGCACCCGAAGCGCUCCAUCACCACGGCAUCUGAUGUGUGGUACUCCAGGGAGCCGAUGGGCGUCCACUACCUGGGAGACAUGCUAAAAAGAAUCAGUGAAGAGGUGGGUCUGUCGCGGAUUUACACGAACCACAGCCUCCGAAGGACGGCUGUAGGCCGACUCUCAGACGCCGGGCUGGAGACGCGCCAGAUCAGGUCUGUGACUGGACGUCGCUGUGAAAGCAGCCUGCAGGCUUACAGGGCUCCAUCAGUCCAGGAGAAACAAGAAUGGAGCAACAUUUUGUCGUCCUGCAACGUCCCAACCAGCAGCGGUCAGGGUCCAUAAACGUUACACUGAUGUAGCAGAGUCUUCUCAGCAGUAGAAGUGGAAGAAGGAAGGUGUUGAUGAGCAGCCGCUCGGUACCCAGGAGGCUGGCUUCAGUCUUCAUCAGGAGGAAGCAGAAGCUCCACAGAUUAAAGAAGAAGAGGAGGAACUCUGCACCGUUCAUGUGGGAGAACAGCUUGUUCUGAAGCAGGAGGCCGAUGCCGUCAUGGUGACUCCUGCUCACGAGGAACAUAUUACCGGUGACUUAAAACCAAACCAGGAGCAGCUCCUUUCUCAGGUUUCUCCUGAAGAUAAGAGCCAAGACCAUCUGAAUUAUUUUAACAUGUAAUCGUGUCUGUUUUGUAAAUAUGGUGUUGAUCUUUUCAUCCGGUUUUCUGGGAGUGAACUGAAGUCCCAGGAGAGGAGGGACGUCUCAGCUCCUGGUUUUUCCCAGAUGGAGGUUUUCUGUCCCGCUUCAUGACUCCUGUCUUGGUCUGUGUUCCAGCUAAUCUGGGUGUUUCUAUUCUCAUUCGUCUUGUAAUAAAUGGAAGUGGUUUACACGAGGAGCUCCGCUGUUUUCAGACACCAGUUACGCAACAUUAAUGGCUUCAUGAGCUGAAGGGAGGGUAUUAUUUGUCAUCAGCACGUGAUGAGCCUGUAUUUGUUUCAUUUAUGAGUUUGAUGCCAAAUUACAGCCAGGCAUCUCAGGGUAGCUCAUUUUCUACCAGUCCUACCACAUCCACUGAUACACACUUUACUGAGCUCAUAUUUGUAGAGGUCAUUUAUAUUUGCAUAUGUCGCUCUGCGUAUUGUAGACACCACUAUACACGAGUCUGUUUUAUUACUUGCUGCUUAUUUUAUUCCUUUUUACUUUUACUAAUGCUGCACUAGAGCGACAUCUGCCUGCAAACCUUCCUUGUGUGUGUGUUCAUACUUGGCGAAUGAAGCUGAUUCUGAAGUUAUUACGUUGCCUUGGGAACGUUUUACAUGUUUUAUAUCUAAACAGAAAAAAGGAAACCUCACAUGGACAAAUUAGAUAUUACAGUUACUUUUAUUAAAAUAUUACAGUUAUUUUCUAUUUUAUUUUCAUAUAAACCAAAUUCAUCCUGUGGGCCAGACUGGACCCUCUGGUAGGCCCGUUUUGUUCUCCGGGCCCUAUGUUUGACACCCCUGGGUUAGGGGGACAUUUGGCUAUAAAAAAAAGUCAACAAGGGCAAUUUGCUGAAAAAGGUUUGGGAAACAGCAGCAACACAGC